AUGGAGGAAAGAUAUGGCAGGGCCCUUUGUUUAUUCCCUCGGCGAGAGGCGCGGUGUUUGACUUGAACAACUCCAUCGUCAUUUCAUUCAGCCAGACUCGGGACUCACAUUUUGAACUACCAUAACAAAUGCUAUAUAACCUAACAACAUCCUUAUCAGGUCUAUUCCGCGAUCAUCAGUAUGGCGUUCGUCAUACCAGCACCUCCUCCUCCUCCUCCUCCUCCUCCUGGCCCUUUUAUACAUCAUCACCACCACCCAAGGGUACGCCUCCGAGGGAGCGGCGGCAUCAUGCGUAUCGCCUUCUACGUCUUUAUUAUCGUGGCUGCAGUUGUCGUUCCAAUUCUUGUGUUAAAGAGCUCCAACCACUAUAAAUACUUCACAGAUGUUAAAUCAUGCAACCAAAACAGCAGUGAACACCUCUCUUGGCAUAGACGUCGUCGUCCCCUUACCAACAAGUUCAGGAUCAACGAGGUUGUUGGAGAAGAACAUGACUGCCCCAAGUCGAGUGCGUCGCAGUUAUUACUAGCCGAUCCUACAUGCUAGCAGAGGAGGAAGCCAAAACCCAAUAUUUGUUAUUUGAUUAGACGUUAAUAUUGAAGCUCUAUCAAAAACGCAAAGAAACUGACUGCAACUCUGUGCUUGAUUUCCUCCCCAUAUACUUUAUCGGUAGUCCUUGGAAUAUGCCUGGAGAGGCAAGAAAGCUCGGG